UGCGGACACUUGUCCAUGCGACCCACUACAAUUGCUUACGCCGCGAUGGGCAUCGCGAUGCAACCUCUCGUAAUCUAUAGAGCAGCCCCGCAGUAUGCCACACACGCGUUUGCAUCUAUGGUUACAGAACCCUGCCGGCCAACUCAUAUGCAUGGCGUGGAGCAGCCGAGAACCCACAUGAGCUGGGAGACCGUCCUGCAAGCGAAACGGAGGCCGCAGUGGGAGGGAACAUACAUCCCAAUGGACCUGUUUUCUUGCGCACGAGGGCUUGCGAGGCUAUGUUCAAGAUGCUAACAGCACGGAGCUCCCUCCGAAGAUUCCUAUCCAGGAUUCCGUACAUCGCGGGCGCUGCCGUUCUGCACUGCAAGUGCCCAUCCGAAACGGCGACCCACGGGAAGGAGGCAGAGACACACAGAAAACCGUUCUCACCCCCGCAGUAUGGUGUAUAUAACGUUAGACCGGCGCCCUCUUGUGGGCCAAAGCAUCUCCGCAACAUUUUCUAUCUCUCGCAUUCCAUAGUAUGGGCGUGAACAUCCCCUCCUUACAUCAUUCAGCGCAUUCGCCAGCGCCUACGGACAGUUUCCUCCCGGCAAUUCCACACUCGCGCGGGGCACCCCACGUAUCACCUGCAACGAUCUCCGUCCAUCUGCGCUCCGUCCUCAAGGGACACUGGAUCUCGCGUCCAGCGUUCCUCAGCCGGCUCAAGACGCAUGGCAAGUGAAAAGGGAGUACAGAUCCGUGCAAAUAGUUAUUUACCUCGGAUCUAUCGAUAAUAACUGGUAGUAUCGGAAACGAUGCCAUCGAUAUUUAUAUAUCCGCAUUCCACGCCCAGGCGGGUUGAUUAUAGCGCAUUCAACGACGGGUUAGGAUAAUGAGUUAUCCCGCCUGGAUCGCGAAGCACACACUCUGCGUGCCAUGGGACGGUCCGCUGGUUGUCAGUGUGUAUGCUUGGGAGGCGUUCGAUGGCCAUAACUUGCCAGUGUUCAUCGAGGGUGUGUGGACGUUUCGGACACCGAAAUACGGAAUUUCCUACGUAGAUCAUCCCCGGUGUUCUGCGUUAACUGUGGACUGUAUUCGUGUAACAGUUCGUCGGUAUUACAUACAGAGCUAGUAGUAUCGCUUCAAUCCAC